AUGGGUGUGACUCUUGCUGUUUUAUUCGUCGUUGGAAUGAGCUCAAGCACGUUUUUUUCAAUGGCUCGAAAUAUGUGGCUUAGUGAUUGGUCCGACAGGAAUAUUCACCGCGUCAUCGAAGCUGGUGAACCGAGUUUUUUAAGAGGAAGGCUUGGUGUUUACGCUUUGCUCGGAUUUGCGGAAGUCAUGCUUCUUUUUGUCAGUAUAGUGUCGCUUUUGUAUGGGGGAGUUUCUGCUUCAAGGAAUCUCCAUGCACCGCUGCUUCAUUCAGUUUUUCGUGCUCCGAUGUCUUUUUUCGACGUAACACCAUUCGGAAGGAUCUUGAAUCGCAUUGGCAAAGACAUCGAAACAAUCGAUCUGCUUCUUCCACUGAACGUUCAAUUUUUCAUGCAGUGUUUAUUACAAGUCCUUUCAACUCUGGCAAUUAUCAUGAUUUCAACGCCAAUAUUUGGCGUGGCUAUAGUUCCGCUGACCGCAUUAUAUCUCAUGAUCAUGCGGUGUUAUAUUUCCACCUCUCGGCAGCUGAAACGAUUGGAAUCUAUUUCUCGAUCUCCCAUUUACAGUCACCUCAGUGAAAGUGUACAGGGGGCGUCCACAAUCCGAUCUUACUGUGUGACAGAACGCUUUUCUAAGAUGUCUGAACAGAAAGUUGAUGACCAUGUCCAGUGUCGCUAUUUUGGAUUCGUAGCAAACCGUUGGAUGUCUGUUAGGUUGGAACUUCUUGGAAAUUGUGUUAUAUUUUUUGCAGCGCUUUUUGCUGCCUCGACAAGGGAAAGCACAACUUCUGGAGUUGUUGGAUUGUCGGUGUCUUACGCACUUAAUAUCACUACGGUACUGAACUUUGCUGUACGACAGAUAAGUAAGUUGGAGACCAAUAUCGUUUCUGUUGAAAGAGUGAAGGAGUACUCCAGUAUACCAACAGAG